CUGAGCAGCUGGAGGGUCUGUUUAAAAGGCAACUACACAGGAGGAUGUGGUCUUGGUAUUUCACGCUGCCAGCGUUUCACAGCUGUGGUUGAUCCGUAUUGAUCUAGGACACUGAUUAAUGCUAUUAUUGGCUAUGGAGCAGAGUUCAUGCACAGAGGACCGUAUCCAGCAUAGCCUCGAGCGCUGCCUCUGUCACCUGGGAAUCAACUCUCCUGACAAGCAGCUCUGGAAUGCUGGACUGUGCAUAAGCCGCUGGUGUUUGGAGGAACUUGUGAAGAGGCAUCCCAACCACUUCCUCAUCCUUCUGCAGAAAAUACUGCAAAAAACAAAGAAGGUGCUGGAGGAGUGUCAGUAUGAACUGGUUGUGCCUCUGACCCUUCUCUUCUCUGAAGCUCUUCUCAGAGCCCCCUAUGUAGCCUCAGAGUGCAAUGUGCUGCAGGAGGCCUACCUGUUGUUCCACCAGUUCCUGGCCUGGCCGGAGCCUUGCAGUUCUGCCAGUAGACGUUUACUAAUCAUCAUCGAGCAGGAGAUUCGAGCUCCAGGCAUUUUAUUUCAUCGACUGGUAAAGACUGAGCAGGCUGUUUCCCCUGAAGUUAACUGCUCUAAAACCAUAAUGGUGCUGUUGGUGAGCCCAGACAAUGAUGCGCCUCAGGAGGUCCAGUUGGCCUCCGAGCAGCUCAGUACCAUCCAUUACUCUAACAGAAACAUUGUAAUAACCCUCAUCCUGCACAGCUUCCAGGCUGCUUUUGGUACUGGACUCGACCUGAAGGCUCUCAAUGCUGCCCUGCAGACAAAGGAGUUAUAUCAGCUGGAGCUGCUUUUGGAGACAAUAACUGGCAGCAUGGAGACAGCAGCCUCUGUGCCGGAUUAUGCAACUGCUCGGAGCGGUCUACUUCACAGCUUGGAGACGAUCAGAGAAAGCCUUGCUGUCCCAUCUGGAGAUGGUUGCUCAGAGACUGGUUCUGUAGAGCUUCUAAUGCUGCCCUAUCCCAAAUGUCACACUUGCAUAUGGGAGGAUGAUAACUUCGAUGUUCUAAAAGACAUUCUUGCAGUCGAUUCUGACCUAGAUUCCCCUCCUGAAUGUUUCCCGAAAAUAGAGGAGGAUGAUACCAUUGACACUAGCGUUGAUGAAGAAGAUGAGUCGGACUCGAGCAAAAAGGACGAUCAGUUUCAAAGCAACCGGAUCUCCACUGCCUCAUCCUCCUCCAGGGACUCUACUUUUUCAGGACACUCUCUUUCCUCCAGCUGGUCGGUGCCAUCUGCUUCAUCUGGAGUGGAAAGCGACUUCAGUGAGGACACAGCGCAUGAGGAUCCCGAGGAGGGACGAGGCAAACAUCUGAAAGUUAGAAAGAAACCCAAGAAAAAGUCCAAAUCCCUUUUGGGUUUGCCGGGUUUCGCCUCACUCUUCAAGACCCCCCACAGUCCAAGCUCUUGCCGCCGCGUCCAGAGCAUGGGCUACAAUGGCGACAUCAGCAAAGACUACCUAAUGACGGGGGCACAGCUCAAACAUUCAGGGACUGCCACAAGACAUCUUGAUCCUCUGAAUGUUACCAUAAGUCCGAUGGAUCCCUCCUCUCCCCAAAGGAACAUUUGCAUCCGCAGGAGGCCCAUUCUGAGCAUAGACGAAGGGAAUGAAGCAGAAGUGCCAACUGUUGUCAAGGUGGUUGCAUUUGGAGGUGACAGAGAGGCUGGGAGGCUUGCCCGAGCAUACAAUGACCUCCGACAGAAGGAAAGAAAGUGUCCACAACUCACUAAGACAUGCAAACUGCAGUUUUACUUUGUUCCAACAAAGAGGAAUCCUCCAAAUACAGCAGGAGGACACACAACAGCAGAGGGGCAGGAGUCAAAUGGUCAUGAAGUGGAGGACAGCACAACAGAUAUCGGCCAGAUGUUGGGCCUGAUAGACCCGUGGUAUGAACGUAACGUUUUCAGUCUGCUCAGCCUAUCCUCUGAAGUGCUCUGCGAGGCUGCUCCAAAGGACGAUGAUGUUUCCACCAGCACCGGCAGCAUGGAGCAUCGUCUUCCACUGCUGGCCGACUUGGUGCUCUAUUACUGCCGACACGCCGAUCAGCCCGUUCUGGUGCAGCUCUACCAGGCUGAGCUGACCUUGGUGGGGGGAGAGAAGAGAAAGGAAGUAUUCAUUCAUUCCAUGGAGCUUGGACACACAGCUGGAGCCAGAGCUGUUAGAGCCAUGGGAGCUGUGAGCAAAAGGUUGGGAAUUGAUGAAGAGCGGGAGGCUGUUCCCCUCACACUGAGAGUAGCCUACAACAAGGUGGCCAUCAGUGGGAGGAGUCGGUGGAUCCACAAAGAGGUGGUCUGCACGUCGCUUAACCUUCAAAAAACAUGCAGGGAUUCUGAGAAGCUUGAUUGGAAAGAGGGCCUUCAGCUGACGAUGACAGAGGUUCUGAAGAAGCAGAACUCUAAAUCAAAAAAAGGUUAUAACCAGCAGAUCAUGAUGUCAGAAGUAAAGGUAGACAAGGUGCAGGUGACUGCUCAUGAAGACGGGGCUACGUUUGCCGUUUGUCUGGAUCAAGACAAAAAGACCUUCAUCCAGAAAGUCAGAAGGUGUGAGGUGUCGCUGUGCAGCAAAGCAGGCAGCAGUUCAGACUGGAGGUCUUACAAAACGCUACCGGGCCAAAUCCAACCCCUGAACCCGACCUUCUGCUCCCUGCUCUGCCUUCCCAUCACCUCCUUUUCUGCCUCGGCUCAGUGACCCGCCGAACAAAGCACUAUCUGAGGAUCCGGGAUGAGUCAGAGGGGGGAGCAGGAAAAUUUAAAUUUAGCACCAGAGUGAACAUUUCAUUUCAAAAAGCAGAUUUGUCUAAGUUUGACUUUUAGAAAUACUCUAGUUCUUAGUAUUUUCCACUAUCUCAGGGUAAUAACCUCAAAAACCAGUUUCUGGUGUCUGCUCGUAUCUUUUUAUGCUCAAACUGGUGACGAUACGCAUGCCUUGUUCAUGUUUACAUUUUCUAGUAACUAUGAUUGACUCAAAAAGUGAGAUGAAGAGGACAACAAGGACCUGAUUUGUUGUUGUUUUUUUCUUUUUGGGCAUAGGCGGGGCUCUCGCUUUGCCUCAACUGAUUCAUAAUCAGCACUUAUCAUGUGGAUGAUUGCCUUAAAAAUGUUGGAUUUUUGAUGAUUUGCUGUAAAAAGACAACAUAUAAUUUCAAUUAUGUUUUGAAGGUCUAAUAAUAUUUUUCUUAAGCCUUCUGAAGUCAUUCUAGGGCAUAUAUAUGACAAUAUAUUGCCUUGGCACUAUGGAGUAUUUUUUUUAUUCAAUUUCAGUUGCUUCCUGGUACUAGAUUUUCAACUAUGAAGAAAAUAUGCUUUCUCUACAAUGUUUACUCUCCCUAUGUGGGUGUUGCCCAAUCACAAUGCUGCUCUAGAGCAGGGCUCUGCAACCUGCAGCUCCAGAGUCACAAAUGGCUCUGUGGACCCUCUGUAAUGGCUCCUAAAAUGAUAAACAACCAACUAAGGGCUUUAAAUAUAGCAAACAAAUUAGACUCUUUUUUAGAAUUUAAAUUUCCCAGAACAUAAUUUGAAAGAACCAACAAUAUUUUAUGUUGUUUUUGGAUCUUUAUUUAUGAUUGCUUGAAAACCUUUUUUAUUUCAACAUAAUUUUCCACAAAUAUCAAAAGAAAAUCCAUGCAUUUAAUGUUUUUACUCAUUUCAAAGCCAGAAAAAAUACAAAUAAAUGGCAACAGAUUUAUUAUAGCAGAUAUUUAAUUAAAUUAAGAAGUCGCAUUUUCUAAAAUGUGUCAAAUUUGUAGCUCUAAACCACUUAAACCUGACUGGAUUCAGGGUGAAAUGGCUUUUUGGUUUUCAAAGGUUGCAGACCCCUGCCUACCCUACAGGCACUGCAGGUGUUUUUAUCAAUCUACUUCUUGAGAUAAGACUUUUCUUUUAAGAAGACUAAAAUAAUAUAAGACCUCUCAAAGCUGUAAAACACACUUUUGCAACUUAAACAAUUCACUGUACAGAUUAGGUGCUAAAAGAGCGUCUUUGUCUCAGCUUUGAGCAGAAUCGAUUGUGUUCCGACUCAAGCCAUGAUCGGAGAAAGCCGGCAUGUUGUUUACUGAUAAGGUCAGAGCGAUCAAUGUAGAUGUUUCCUGGAGGGGCCAGGUAAAAACAGCUCUACAAAGAUAUGUCUUAGCCACUCGUUUUCUAACAAAAGGGAGGGAGCGGGGUCUCCUGGUCAGACAGAAUUAUUUAUGGGGAAAACUUAGAGAUACAUAAGUGGGGAGUGAUGGCCUAGUGGUUAGGGCAUAGAGCUUGGAAUCCUGAGGUUUUUGAGCCCCAUUCCCACAGACUGCCACUCUGGCUCUCUAAGCAAGACCCUUAACCCCACACUGUGUCAUAUGUAUGUGAGACAUAUGUCAUAUGAGACAGAUUAUUUGUGUUUGGCCAAGCUGAAGAUUAGCUCUGUGCUACAUCUUUGCCUCUGUCUGUCUAUCUAAAGCCUAUCUUUGAUGUUCAAGCUGUGCUUGUUCAAAGUUUCAGACGGUCUAUGGUUUUUCUCAAAACUCUCUGCUGUAGUUUUAAUCUUUCUAUUUUGUGCACCAUAUCAUCACCGCUGGAAGCAAGAGAGUCCCACACCAUGGUGCCACCUCCAUGCUUAUCUAUUCAAACUGUUUCUUCAGGUUCGAAAGCUUCAUUCUGAGCCCUGCAAACAUACUUCCUGUAAUUUUUGCUUUAAAAAAAAGCACUUUUUUUUUCUUUUUUGCCCAGCUGUACAGUUUAGAAGAAAAAUACUGAACACAUGCACACUGACUUCUGAGUUUAUAUCCUAUCUCUGAUAUUUUUGACAUUUCACAAAUAAAUCUAAUUUUCACUAUUCUUAAAGACCUCAAACUUGAAAAGUUCAAAUGAUUUGAUGUUAAGCUAAGUGCCUUUUGAUGAUCUUUUUAAAUAUCUGUUGUGAGCAAAGUGAUGGAAGUUUAUUUGUUGUAGGCUACUUUUUGCGUGAAAAAAAUAAUUCCCUAUAAUUAAGGUUAUGCAAGUAUUUUAAGUUAAAAACAUUUCUCGUUUUUAGCGAUGACUGCAGCUGAUUGUUGUUUAAUCAGUUCACUCUGAAGAAUAAAAAGUUCACAUAAAUCAUCAGCCUCAAUAUUAUUAUGCUAUUAAUGGACAUAAAAAUUAUUAGAAAUGUCUCCCUCUGCUGUUUGUCACUAUUUUCUCAGUACUGACAACCUGAGUAAUACAAUUUUCUUUUUUGUUUUUUUUGUUUUUUUCAAUAAAGUUGUUCCCCAAAAUGUGUACAUAAUAAA